AUGAGAUACCACUUACUACUGUACGUAUGUUUUUCUAUAGUGUGCCGAUGCGAGAUGGGAAAGGAAGCAGCCGCCCGGCUCAUGAUGAGCAGACUAGCACACAUUAGAUCACUUUUAAAAAGCACCUUGGACGAUGGCACCAUGAAAGACAGCUCUGCUCUGUCCAAUACCCUCAAGAAGCUGUCCAAGAGCUACAACUCAACAAGCUCUAAGCUAAAAAGAUCUGCAAACUCGCAGAGCAAAAGAAAAGACCGCUUGCUAAGCGAAGAAGAGUCAGCAUACCAGCCAAUAAAUGACUCUAAGGCUGCAGUUGAGAGAGUAAAAACACGAAGAUCAGAGACUAUAGAUGACGAAGACGAUGAGACAAGUGUGAAAAAGAAAGAGUAUCGACACACCAGGCGAGCAAAAGAAGAAGAGCCCAUAGAAGAAGAAAGAACAAUAGAUGAUUACCCAAGAGAAAGCGACUACGAAAGCGACAGAAGAGGCACCUACACCGCACGAAGAUCCUCCAACGAUAGAUACAAAGAUUCUCCUUCCAGACACUCCAGCUAUGAAACUUCGCAUGGAAGGGGAUCUAAAGGCAGCCGCAGAUACGAAGACGAGUACAGCGAAGAGACUAGCAAAGCACUCGCAUGA